AUGUUCAAAAGGCACAAGUCCCUGGAACGCAAGAAGGAAUUACUAUUCCAGGGACUUCCACAGUCCACAAUGAAGAAUAAUACAAGAAAUUUUCACUCUUUGUCACAACUUGUACUCUCAGCAGGCCCGCUAAAAACUACUAGAGCAAUCAAACAUUCAAAAACGACUCACUUUGAGAUUGAAAUACUGGAUGCCCAUACAAGAAAACAGAUAUGUAUUGUGGAUAAGGCCCAUGUCACUCGGGCCUUUAUCUUUCUCAGUUCUCGGAACUGGAACUUGCAGAAUCCAGAACAGCAGUGGCAAAGACCACUGAAUCCCAAUUUGUCACAAUGGGCUUACAGUCCAAAGUGGUACCCUUCUCGAAUUGGCCUACAACUAGAAUAUGGUGGCCCAUAUUUGAAGGACUACAUCACAGUUCAAAGUGUCGCUGCUUCCUCAAUUAUCACACUCUAUUUUACAGACUUGGGUCAACAAGUCGGGUGGACCACAGUCUUUUUGGCUGAAUACUCAGGACCUCUGUUAAUAUACCUUCUUUUUUACUUGAGGAGCUCAUACAUAUAUGAUGUCAAGGAGAGCUCUAGAUGGCCCCGACACCCUGUGGUGCACUUGGCUUGCUUCUGCCAUUGUAUCCACUACAUCCGACACCUUCUGGAAACUUUAUUUGUUCACAAAGUUUCUACAGGACUCAGUCCAAUGAAAAACUUGAUAAAGGGUUGUGCAUUUUAUUGGGGAUUUACUUCUUGGAUGGCUUAUUAUAUUAAUCACCCAAGAUAUACACCACCAUCAUUUGGAAACAGGCAAAUAAUAGUGUCUGCUAUCAACUUUUUGGUUUGUGAAGCUGGAAAUCAUUUCAUCAAUACAGUGUUGGCUCAUCCUAAUCACACAGGAAGCAAUGCCUGUUUCCCAAGUCCAAAUUAUAACCCGUUUACAUGGAUGUUUUUCCUGGUUUCCUGUCCUAACUAUACCUAUGAGAUCGGAUCCUGGAUUAGUUUCACAGUCAUGACACAGACACUUCCAGUUGGUAUUUUCACAAUCUUAUUGACCAUCCAGAUGUCUCUGUGGGCACAAAAGAAGCAUAAGAUUUAUCGGAAGAAAUUCAACUCAUAUGUUCAUAGGAAAUCAGCCAUAAUUCCAUUCAUAUUAUAA